AUGGAUAGAACAUUGGCAAACACCCUGGUGCUGUCUAUGGUGCUGGGCUGUUCAGCUGCCCUAAUGGAUACAUCGGUGCCAAGCUCCAGGGAACCUGUGGUAAACGUGGCUGUGGUUUUCAGCAGCUCUUCAUACUCUCUCCAUAUCCGGAGCCGACUAACAUACCAGACCUUCCUGGACAUGCCUCUAGAGGUCCAUCCAGUCACCGUGGUGGUCAAUGACACUAAUCCCAGCACACUCUUGACUCAAAUCUGUGACAUGCUCUCCAGCACAAAAAUCCAUGGAAUUGUCUUUGAGGACAACAUUGGUACAGAAGCUGUGGCACAGAUCCUUGAUUUCAUCUCAUCCCAGACCUAUGUACCUAUCGUUAGUAUCAGUGGAGGAUCUGCCGUAGUCCUUACACCUAAGGAGCCUGGCUCUGCCUUUCUACAGUUGGGUGUCUCAAUUGAACAACAGAUACAAGUGAUCUUCAAAGUCUUGGAGGAAUAUGACUGGAGCUCCUUCGCUGUUAUCACCAGCCUCUAUCCGGGAUAUAGCAUCUUCCUGGAUGUAAUUCGGUCCUUCACAGACACCAGCUAUUUUGGCUGGGAGAUCCAGGACGUCUUGACCUUUGAGAUGUCCCAGGAGACGAGCAUCUCCAAACUGCAGAAGCUGCUCCGCCAGAUAGACGCUCAAGUCAUGAUCGUCUAUUGUUCACGAGAUGAAGCAGAGUUCCUCUUCCAGGUGGUUGAGCAGGCCGGUUUAAUCGGCCCUGGCUACGUCUGGAUUGUGCCUAGUCUAACAGUGGGGAAUAUGGAUGUGCCACCUACCUCGUUUCCUAUUGGCCUCAUCAGUGUGACCACUGAAAGCUGGAAAAUGAACUUGAGACAAAAGGUUCGGGACGGAGUGGCUAUCAUUGCUAUUGGAGCCGAGAGCUAUUUCAAGGCCCAUGGCUACCUCCCCAUCGUGGGCAGAGACUGCAAUAGCAAAAGCCCUUCCAGCGCACCAACAAACACUUUCUAUAGGCAUUUACUCAAUGUGACAUGGGAAAACAGAGAUCUCUCCUUCAACAAAGGUGGUUACUUGGUGAGGCCCACCAUGGUGGUGAUUUCGUUGAACCGGCAUCGACUCUGGGAGAUGGUGGGGAAAUGGGAAAAGGGAAUUAUCCGCAUGGAAUAUCCAGUGUGGCCACGCUAUGGAUCCUUCCUGCAGCCCAUGUCAGAUAAUCGCCACCUCACAGUGGCUACCCUUGAAGAAAGACCAUUUGUCAUUGUGGAGAACACAGAUCCUUCCACUGGAGUAUGUGUCCGAAAUACAGUUCCUUGCCGGAAACAGACCAACUCCUCCGUAAGUGGGAGUGAACCUAUGGACCCAUAUACCAAACUCUGCUGCAAAGGUUUUUGCAUUGACAUCCUAAAGAAACUAGCCAAGACUGUGAAGUUCUCCUACGAUCUCUACCUGGUGACAAAUGGGAAACAUGGUAAAAUAGUGGAUGGUUUCUGGAAUGGCAUGAUUGGUGAGGUAUAUUACAAGCGAGCAGAUAUGGCCAUUGGGUCCCUCACGAUCAAUGAGGAACGCUCACAAAUUAUUGAUUUUUCUGUACCUUUUGUGGAGACGGGCAUUAGUGUCAUGGUAGCCAGAAGCAACGGGACUGUCUCGCCUUCUGCUUUUCUAGAGCCUUACAGCCCAGCUGUGUGGGUGAUGAUGUUUGUGAUGUGUCUCACGGUUGUUGCUAUCACAGUCUUCGUGUUUGAAUAUUUCAGUCCUGUUGGCUACAACCAGAAUUUAACCAGUGGCAAAAAGUCCGGUGGGCCAUCCUUCACUAUCGGCAAGUCCAUCUGGCUACUCUGGGCUCUGGUUUUCAACAAUUCUGUUCCCAUUGAAAAUCCCAAAGGCACCACCAGUAAAAUUAUGGUCCUCAUCUGGGCUUUCUUUGCGGUCAUCUUCUUAGCUAGCUACACUGCAAAUUUGGCAGCAUUCAUGAUCCAGGAGCAAUAUAUUGAUACCGUCUCUGGACUGAGCGAUAGAAAGUUCCAAAAACCUCAAGAGCAGUACCCUCCGUUCCGAUUUGGAACAGUUCCCAAUGGUAGUACAGAGAGAAAUAUCCGGAGCAAUUACCACGACAUGCAUUCCCACAUGGUAAAAUACAACCAGCGCUCGGUGGAAGAUGCCCUCGUCAGCCUAAAAAUGGGAAAGCUGGAUGCUUUUAUCUAUGAUGCCGCAGUGCUCAAUUACAUGGCUGGCAAGGAUGAGGGUUGCAAGCUGGUAACCAUUGGCAGUGGGAAAGUCUUUGCCACCACUGGCUAUGGCAUUGCCCUCCAGAAGGACUCCAAGUGGAAGAGAACAAUUGAUUUAGCUCUCCUGCAAUUCCUGGGAGAUGGUGAAACCCAAAAACUGGAAACUGUGUGGUUGUCUGGUAUUUGCCAAAAUGAAAAGAAUGAAGUGAUGAGCAGUAAGCUAGACAUUGAUAACAUGGCAGGGGUCUUUUAUAUGCUGCUGGUGGCAAUGGGACUGAGCCUGUUUGUCUUUGCUUGGGAACACUUGGUAUUUUGGAAGUUGCGGCACUCCGUGCCAAAGUCCCACAAACUUGAUUUCCUUCUAGCGAUAAGCAGGGGUAUUUACAGCUGUUUUAAUGGAGUCCAGAACCUGGAGAGUCCUGUUCGUGUUUACAAACCAGAUGUCACUGCUAACUCUGCUCAAGCCAAUGUGCUUAAGAUGCUGCAGGCAGCCAAGAAUAUGGUAUCAACAGCCAGUGUUGGGAACUCACUGGAAAAUGCUACACGCACUAUAGAGAACUGGUCUAGUAGGAGUGAAAACUUCCAAACAACUUUCUCCUUAAGGACUCCCCAAUUUGUGAUUCAAAACACCAGUGGAUCAAACAGGCCAGCUCAUUCCUCCAACACUACAACAGCUGAGAAGCUUGGGAGGAACCUUCCACCCUUGCUUCUGGCACCUCAGCAAACUGUGGGACCAGCCAGUGAAAGCUGCGGAGAGACAAUUGAGCACUCACCGAUACUCCAUCCACUGAAAUUACAAGGCAACUGCUCUGAAGAUAAGAUUAUUCCAGGUUUUGCUGUGUACCACUCUCCACAGUAUUUGCUAACCACAUCUCAGGCUAACCUCAGAAAACACAUUGGAAGUCCUCUUAGUGAUGCUCCUCAUUCCCCAAUCAGGGCUCUUCAGGAACUUUCUCCGCACAAUCAUAAGUAUAAGCUCCCCGUGUCCAGAGGCCAUGGGGAAAAAAAAAUCCACCAGAAUGAUCACCUGUAUAAAGAAGGGGAGCAUAGCAGUGCAACCCAGGAGUCAAGGCUAGGUUUCUCUUCUGACAAGAAGAAGAAUUUGGAAGUUCACUAUUUGCCUCAUCCCUGUAUAUAUAAUUCCUUCCCAAAGGACAACAGAACUUGUAGACCCUUUGCACAUAAAGAAUACGACCCACUAGAGCUGGGGAGAGAAAAGGAGACAUAUACAGCUAGCCUUUCAAGAUCAACCUUGGAACAGCAUGAACAGUUCCAUUCUCUAGGCAUCUGGAGGCAUCCACCAAAGUCUUCCAGUUCCAGGGAUGUCCUGGACUUCUUUCCCGAAGCUAGCUUGAUCCCCAAAGCAAAACUGCUGCCUGGGAUCCAUCAUGGAGUCCACCACCAUUCUCCUGAUGCCCUUAGGCCAAGCAAUGCAUGCAAUAGGAAAUGUAUGCAGGCCAAUGGUAUAAGUUGGAAGGAGAAACAGCUGCUACAUUCGCAAUCUAUGCGGCUCCCAUCCUAUCGAGAGGCCUGUCUACAGAACAUCUCAGGCAUACACAGGGCUUCUUCAGCUGUAGUGCGGAAGCAAUACGCCUAUGUGAACUCGUACCCUAAUUUACCUAUUUAUUGGAGAAGCUUUCGUCCAGGCUCUCCUCACCUAUGUGAACAAUCCUGUGCCUCCCAGCACUGUUUCAGUCAGGCAUCCUGGCCCUCGUGCAGCAGGGAUUUCUUGGUCCACGAGGACAAGCAGAGGACCAUGUACUUUGAUAGCACACAGAGAGACUGCAGAAAUCAGAGCAGGGUUUAUCCAACGUUUAUUCAGAUGGGCAACACCGAGAGGAGAAACACAUCGACAACCCUGAGGAUGCACAGCCCUUGCACAACAAGAUCAUGGAGGCGCAUAUCUAGCCUAGAAUCUGAAGUCUGA